AUGAAGCAGCGGGUGGCCGUGCGGGAACGGGACAGGCUGCAGGAGAAGGAGCGACUGCGGCGUCAGCGGCAGCGAGCCGAGCGGGAGGCGCGGCAGCAGGCGUCUCAAGCGGAACAGGAGGCCAAGCUGGCGGCGCUGGAGAGACACCAGGAAACAGGCCGGCUCACCAAGGAGGAGAAGCGAUACCUAAAUAAGCGCACGCGGCAGGGCGCUGCACGCGCACGUACUUGGGAUCUGGAUGAGGACGAGGCGGACGAGGCUGCGGCGCUUCAGUCGCAGAUUCUGGAUCGGAUCGGCUCUGCUAGCGGGGCGGGCCGGGUGCGGAAGCAAAGACGUGCGCGCAUACGGGAAGCGCUUCCGAAGGCGUCUGAAGACCGCAGGUACGCUGGUCUUACACCUGGAUUGGCACCUGUGGGGAUGAGCGACGAGGAGUCGUCUGACGAGGAGCUGUCCGACGAGGAAGACUGA